CCGGAGCUGCGAGAAAGCCGCGCAGCCUUGGAUGCUGGCGAAUGCUCUGGGGGGUAAUAAAAUGCGCUAGAGGCACCAGCAAGGCAGCCGGCGCGCUGGACAGCGGGGACACCCCACCCCCACCAUCGCCCAGUCCCGCCUCUCCGGGCUGCAGACGACUCUCCCUCCCCGCAGGCUCUGCAAAGGGCUGCGCAGCUCAGCCGAAGGAAGCUGGGGUCGCGUACUCAAAGCAACCGGGGAAACUUCAGGAGAAGGAUAAAAGAGAAAGCUGGCAGAGAGAAGUGGGGGUGAAAGUCCCCGCAAGUUCUGGGCGCGAUUUGGCGAAAGUCGUCCUGCCCCCUCUGCGAAGUAAGGGCAUUGCUUGCUACGAAAGGAACUCCCAUGAUGCGACUUCUGUUUUUGAAGAUGCUCCUCUUCUUGCUGUUCUUUCUCACAGGAUUGCCACAAACCAGCUCCCUGGAGAUUUCUCCUAAUGACCAAGAAGUCAUCCUCAGUCUCUACAGUGAUUUUUCUGUGAUAUGCUCAGGGGAGAAUGAGAUUUACUGGAAAAAGGACAGCAAACAUGUAUUAGACACUGGGCUAGAGAGAAGGGACAACACUUUUAUUAGCAUCCUUACACUCAGGAAUGUGACCGGCUAUGAUACGGGUGAAUAUUCCUGUCUCUACAAACAAUCCACAGAGGAAAAAGCCAUCUACAUUUUCGUACCAGACCCCUCUUUGCCAUUCCUACCUAGCAGCCAAGAGGACACAUUUGUUUUCACCACAGGCCAUGGUGAAGACAUUAUCCCAUGCCGUGUGACAGACCCCAACACAAGAGUGACCCUUUAUGAAAAGAAGAUCGAUGACCCAAUCCCCAGCACUUAUUUUGCACAACAAGGCUUCAAGGGGUACUUUGAAGACACGUCCUACAUCUGCAGGGCAACAUUAGACGAGCAGGAGUUUGACUCUGAAACAUUUUAUGUGUACAGUAUCCAAGUUUCCUCUUCUCCUACCUCCGUCAUCAAUGUCACUGUCAGUGCUGUGCAAACUAUUUUGAAAAAAGGGGAAAAUAUCAGUGUGACUUGUGCAGUGAGAGGCAUUGAUCUGGUCAAUUAUACUUGGAGUUAUCCUGGCCAGAAGGUAGGCAAGGAGGUAAAACCAUGGACCGAUGUUGGAACAAGGGGCAGUCGUGAUACUAGUACCACCUUAACCAUCCACAAUGCAGAGCUGGAGGAUGAAGGAGAUUAUAUCUGUGAGGCCACUGACACCUAUCAUGGGCAAAAAGAAACACAAAGCAUCUUUAUCAGAGUGAUUGAGCAUGGCUUUGUGACCUUCCACACUAUUCUGAAUGACACAGUGUCUGCUGAACUGCACAAAAGCCACACCUUCCAUGUGCUGAUUGAGGCAUAUCCAAGCCCAACCAUCAUUUGGCUUCAGAAUAAUCAUCCCCUGACUUCAGAGAGCAACAGUGAAUUUGCCAUCAGCACCAGGAAUUCCUCAGAAACCAAGUACCAUACUACUCUAACCCUUGUGAGAGUGAAACAGAGUGAGGGAGGUUUAUAUACUGUCCGAGCAUUCCAUGAAGAUGACUUGAAAGAGCUCUCCUUCACCUUACAGAUUAAUGUACCAGCAAAGGUGACCCAUUUGAGAGAGGACAGCAACACGACCAGUGGGGAGCAGACAGUGACCUGCAUCACAGAAGGAAUGCCCCAGCCAGAGGUUGCCUGGUAUACCUGCAAUAAUGCCAAAUGGUGUGAUGCAGAAGCCACCAAACUCCUGGUGAAUACCUCUGAAGAGAUGGUUCUGGAAACAAACACCACCUACCGAGAUGACAUGAGGAUUUACAUCGUGACAAGCAAGCUGCACCUCCACAGAGUAGAUGAGCCGGUCUUCCUCAGUUGUGCUACUCAAAACCUCUUGGGCACAGAUACUCAGAACAUCACCCUGGUCCCAGACAAUUUGCCCUUUAAAGUGAUAAUCAUCUCAGUUAUCCUGGCCUUGCUGGUGCUCAUGUUUCUUUUCCUGGUGAUCCUCGUUGCUGUGUGGCGAAAGAAGCCUCGCUAUGAAAUCCGCUGGAAGGUGAUUGAGUCAGUCAGCUCUGAUGGACAUGAAUAUAUCUAUGUGGACCCCAUGCAGCUUCCAUAUGACUCCAGCUGGGAGGUUCCCAGAGACAAGCUUGUGCUAGGACGCACACUGGGCUCCGGGGCCUUUGGGCGUGUGGUGGAAGCAAUAGCCCACAGCCUCAGCCACUCACAGUCUACCAUGAGGGUUGCUGUGAAAAUGCUUAAGUCUACAGCCAGAAGCAGUGAGAAGCAGGCGCUAAUGUCGGAACUGAAGAUCAUGAGUCACCUUGGGCCUCAUCUGAACAUUGUCAACCUGCUUGGAGCCUGCACCAAAGGAGGCCCUAUCUACAUCAUAACAGAGUACUGUCGCUAUGGAGACCUGGUGGACUACUUGCACAGGAACAAGCACACCUUCCUGCAGUGCUGCAGUGAGAAAGCCAAGCAGGAAGCAGAGGUGUAUGGGAAUGCCCCCCCUGAGGACAGGGUGCAGAGCCAUGCUUCCUUAUCUGUGGAAAGUGAUGGGGGCUACAUGGAUAUGAGCAAGGAUGAGUCAUUGGAUUAUGUGCCCAUGGCAGUGCCCAUGUCAGAUAUGAAGGGUGAAAUCAAGUACGUGGACAUUGAUGCCUCUAAUUAUGGUACUACCUAUGAGCUGGACAGCUAUUCACCAUCAGCUUCUGAAAGGGUGGCAUUGAUAAAUGAGUCUCCUCUCCUCAGCUAUGUGGAUCUUGUUGGAAUUAGUUUUCAGGUUGCCAAUGGAAUGGAGUUCCUAGCCUCCAAAAAUUGUGUGCACCGAGACCUGGCUGCAAGGAAUGUGUUGAUCUGCGAGGGGAAACUGGUGAAGAUCUGUGACUUUGGUCUAGCUAGAGACAUAAUGCGGGAUUCAAAUUACAUCUCCAAAGGCAAUACCUUCUUGCCAUUGAAAUGGAUGGCACCUGAGAGCAUCUUCAACAACCUCUACACCACCUUGAGUGAUGUGUGGUCCUUUGGAAUCCUCCUCUGGGAAAUAUUCACUCUGGGUGGGACUCCAUAUCCUGAACUGCCCAUGAAUGAGCAAUUCUACAAUGCUAUCAAACGCGGCUAUCGUAUGUCCAAGCCUACACAUGCUUCUGAUGAAAUCUAUGAAAUCAUGCAGAAAUGCUGGGAUGAGAAAUUUGAGAUCCGACCUUCUUUCUCUCAACUGGUGGUACUCGUGGGGAACCUGCUGGCAGACAGCUAUAAGAAGAAGUACCAACAAGUCAAUGAAGAAUUCUUGAAAAGCGACCACCCUGCUAUUGUUCGCACAAGGCCCUGGAACUCAGGUCUCAACAAUUCCAGGUCCACUGCCAUCAAUUCCAGCGCCACCUCAGGCACUGUCCUUUAUACAGCUGUUGAACAGAAUGGACUGGACAAUGAUUACAUCAUUCCUUUGCCGGACCUUAAACCAGAGGGAGCCAAUGAAAACCCGCAGGAGGCCUCCAGCAGUCGGGCAAGCUCUUCAUUGAAUGAAGCGCACACAUCGUCUACUAUAUCCUGCGACAGCCCUCUAGCCCCACAGGAAGAAGAAGAAAAAGAAAAAGAAGAAGAAGAAAAAGAAGAAAAGGCACCAGAACUAAAGCUAGACUGCUAGGAUUGUUAAGAGAGGUGUGAGAGAGAGAGCACGUGUGUGUGCAUGCAUAGUGGUGCUGGGGAGUUCUGGUCACAAAUUGGUGCUUCCCUCUCCUUCAGCCCUACUGCAAUAUGCCAUUAUCUUCCAUUCUCUUCAGCCCACAGCAGAACCCAGAAACUGUAGCGCUGAAGAGACUUUCUGCAGCCAGGAUUGAGUAGAAGUUUAUAUGGCUCCUCACGCUUCAUAACCGAGACUAUUUUCGUUCCAUUGCCUAAUGCAGAAUUCAUUCUCCAUUCAUACUUGUCUCUGCUAACCAAGACUAUCAUGAUGAGAAAUGUCACUCUUUGCUUGACAGCCUCACUACCUUAUUGCUGCAGCGGAAUGAACCUUCAUAUAAGACUAAUCUCUCCACAAUAAGGCAUGUCCCCCUUGUAUCAAGCCAAAGAGAAAAACCUCCAGUGGUUCUCUUGAGGAGUGCCUUUACUCUAAUUGUUUCACUUUCUAUUUUUGCAAGCUUAUUUUUUAGGCCACCAACUGUUCAAUGAAUUUUCUAAUCAAUGGAUUAUUAAAUUACACCUUUUAAAACUUAUCCUGAAAGUGUGGGUGGGGUAUGAAUGUACGUAUGUAUGGACAGUGGUGUGUGUGUGUGUGUGUGUGUGUGUGUGUGUGUGUGUGUGUGUUUUGCUUUGCUAGUGAAGGAGACACAGAGAAGUGAUCUGCCCACAGUUUUAUCCAAUGUACAGACAUGGAUUCUCUGUUCAGGGCAGUAUUAUGAUGAUGAGCAACAGAAGAGCAACAUCAGACAUUUCACUCGGGUUCUGCUCUUCAUUGCCUUGGUUCUCCACUGCUUUUGCUGAGUAGUUCCAGGAUCACAAGAAUGAUGGUACAGAUACAGGUACCGUGGAUUACAGGUACUAAUAGAUCUCAAGGAUCAGAGAUUGUCUAGGCUAGACCUAAAGCCGCAACUUUAUCGCCCAAGGACAUACUGAGCAAAUGGAGACCAUGAACUAAUGACUCAGCUGUGGCAACAGCAGGACAGUCCAUGGCUACAUUUCUCUGCAUUCUGUCUUUUAUCACACUUCUCAUUUUAAAAGGAACAAGUGGGUCUUUCUGAGGCCAGUAGGAGGAUGCUAGUGUACCUUGCGAGGAAAGGCAACUGCACUAUACAGGUAUUUGUUUUACCUUGGAGGUUGAUUGAUAGCAGUUGUCGUUGGUCUGUCCCAUUCUGUCUCUAAGGGGAAAGGAUUGUUGGCAGGUUCUUUCAGGAAAAAUGCAGGUUGUGCAUAUGGCAGCCUUUGCCAACCUGAUGCCCACCAAAUGUUUUGGACUACAAUUCUGUUGCACCCAAAGGGGCAAUGGUUGUUUUGGAUUCAGAACACAAUGGGAUGAAGGCUGAAGAUUUUAUUAAACAGCCCAAAGAAAGCCACAAAGCAUUACCAUUUUCAUACAUCCAUGAUGCUGUUGGAAAGCCCAUCAACAGACAGUGGGCAUGAUUCCUGCAGGUGGAGCUUGGCCAGUAUACAGCACUUUCCAGGUAGCCUAGUGUAGAGGUUCUGACUAACAAUCAUGCUCUUGGGGGUAUAUAUACACAGCUGGAAUUUGGGCGAUACAUCAGUUUCCCACCAGAGCAAAAGACUAACUAAUAUUUGGCAGGAAGUCAACACAGAUCACUUCCAGAGCUAGCUAAUGCUCCCUAUAGCAGGUGUCAGGAUUAUAUCCCUGUGAAAGCUUAUCUAGAAGGUCAUGUUUUCCACACAGUGCUGUCUCAGCAUGAUGAACUGUGAGAAACUACUAGUUUGUGGAAUAAACAUAAGUAACCACCUAAAGGGCCCAGACCCACAGGAUUUUUAAAUAUUAUCUGGACAUGAGAGAGGCAAUUGCUGGGCACCACCCAAAUCUCCUUGAGAUAAUAAUUGUCUUCCACAGUGUAGCAGUAGAAACUCCCUUCAGCUGCAUAUGCUGGUUGGAGCUGAUGGAAGUUAGUCCAAAACAAGUGGAGGGCACCAGGUCGCCAAAGCCUACCAUAUGGCAUAGCCUGCAUCUCAUAUCAGACUUAUAUAGAGAACCUUUUCUUUUCUUGUUUUAAGCACAAAGCAUUGGGAGAUGAUGAGGAUGGGCAGAGGAGAUUCUACUCCAAAGAUGAGCAGUAGAUGGUAGGUGAGGUUCUCAAUAUAUUCUAUUUAAGAGAAUCAUGAAAAAUUCCUGCCAGUGUGCCUCAGAGCUAAUCUACAUUUUAGACAGAAUGAGCUAGCAGAGUUCUUUCCCAUGCUACUUCAAAUUACAGGUGGGGGGUGGCACACUUUGAAUAUUCUCCCUUGUAAAAAAGAAAAUCACUAUGUAUAGCACAGCAGAGCUGUGUAGCCUUCUCUUUAGAGUGCUGGCCUAUUACAUGCAAAGGGCUUUAAAAAUAUGGUUUCUCACUGUGGUCAUGAACUGACAAAUUUGGUUCUCAUUCUUCAUAAUCUGUAGAUCAACUCCAAACUUGCCUCAGCCAGAAAUGCCCCAGUUGGAAAACUGCUUUUUCUCGAAGCCUUCCUUAACAGAAGCAACUCCUGGCAGAGUUGACUCUAAUGUCUCCUCCAAUUCACUAAAUAUGCAUUCUGUUAACAAAAUGUUCUUUAUUUUGUUUUGUACCAUAUCUUUCACUGCCUUCCAUAGAUAUAGAUGGGGGAGGGGUGGUGAGUCAAGUUAGGAAUUUUUUUUAAAG